AUGUCAAGCGCCGGAAGCGUGCCAAGCCUCUUAAUUCAAGGCUUCCAGGCACACAGCUCUCGUGUUACCAGCUCUCAGACCGAACCCCACGCUGAAACCGAAGCUAGUGCAACAACGAUCGAUGAAGCUUUCGACGAGCAAAUUGAUUAUGACAUAUGUAACGUCCACGACACGGAGCAUAUGGAGGUCAACAGUAGAACUAAACGGAAACGCACAGCUGGUGACCACCCGCUUUUAUUAUGGAUGAAUGAUCGGGAUAUGUUCUUACUCGAGCUUCUUCGGCAUGAGGGUAGAGGUAAUCACACUGGUGCCACCAUCUGCUGGAACUGCCAUCUUGACGUCCCUCAAUUUCGGUGUACCGAUUGCUUGGGUACAGAGUUGUAUUGUAAGGGUUGCAUUGUCACCUUACACACUCGGAACCCAGUGCAUCGCAUUCAGGAGUGGUCAAACUCUUGUUUUACAGCAGUAUCGCUAAAGGACCUAGGCCUACGUGUGCAACUUGGACACUUUGCUGGAGAUUCGUGUUUGUUACCUGAGCGAGCUUUCAAUGAUGAUUUCACCCUCAUCGACACUAACGGUAUUCACACCAUCGGACUGGACUUUUGUGGUUGCAAAACUGCUCAAACACGCACAAAGCAACUACUACGUGCCGCCUGGUUUCCAGCUACAACCGUCGAUCCACGCACUGCAGCAACCUUCCGCAUCCUCGAGCAAUAUCACCUUCUGUCGUUUGAGUCAAAGGCUUCUGGAUAUGAGUUUUAUCAGUCGAUUGCGCAUCUGACUGACAAUACUGGGCUUCGAGUUCAAAAGGACCGUUAUGAGCCAUUCUUACGGAUGGUCCGUGAAUGGCGUCAUCUCAAGAUGCUCAAGCGAGCAGGCCGAGGACACGAUCCAGCUGGUGUGGCGAAUACGCAAAGCGGCGAAUGCGCUGUGUUAUGUCCUGCUUGCCCUCAGCCCCUCAAAAACCUUCCAGACAACUGGAAAGAUGUUCAGGAUGACAAGAGGUGGCUAUAUGCUCUCUUCGUAGCUAUUGACACAAACUUCCGUCUCAAAAGACGUAUGGUGUCUAAAGAUUCUACAGACCCUGGGCUCAGUCACGGAUGGGCAUACUUCGUAGAUGAGACGGCAUACAAGGCAUACUUGCAAGAUCAUGCUGGUACGCCACAGGAGAAAAGUACCUGCGCAUCACAUAACGCAGUCAAUAUGGCCGAUACGAAAGUGUCUCAGGGACUUGCCGCAACCGGAGUGGGGACAAUAGAUUGCGCACGCCAUAAUAUGAAGUUGCCCAACGGUGUUGGAGACUUGCAGAAGGGCGAAAGUAACAUGGAUUAUCUGUUUCUGUCAACCCUCCGUGGACGCUGUGUCGAGACGCUCAACGUAUCAUACGAUAUCGCCUGCCAGUGGCACAAAAACCUUUGGGAACGUAUGUCCACGAUGCCUCCAAGCCUCCAUCUGGACCCUCUUACUAAACUCAUCAGAUUUUUUGUACCCAAAUUUUAUCUACCAGCGCACAUUUCAAAAUGCCAAACUACGUAUUCGUUCAAUCUCUCGAAGAAUGUUGGACGAACGGAUGGUGAAGCCCCCGAACGCGGUUGGUCAAAUAUCAACCCGGUGUAG